CAUACAUACAUACAUAUAUACAUCCACUGUUAGCAAUGCCGAAAUGUUACAACAGGACGUGUGGCCAGGAUUUCGAUCCGGCUUCCAAUUCGGAUGAUGCCUGCCUCUAUCAUCCUGGAGAACCAAUAUUCCAUGAAGGGAUUAAGAAAUGGUCCUGUUGUAACAAGUCAAGCGUGGAUUUCACCGUUUUCCUUGACUUCCCAGGAUGCACCAGAGGCAGACACAACUCGACCCCCCUCCCGAAACCAGAAACCCCUAAAAUCGAGGAGAAAGAAGUUACUAUCCCCAAGAGCAUUGUUCCAGUAAAACGGCCGUCUGUAGACGAACCCACCAUACCAUUAAAGAUAAUUGUCAGAGACAGUUUGAACCAGUGUCUGCAGAAGAGAAUGGAAGAACUCAAUCUACAGCAAAACGAAACUGACGAGACUUCUGAGAUUGUGGUCGGAACCCCUUGUGCCAAUGCCUGCUGUGGCAAGAUUUAUGAGGGGGAAAUUUCCAAUAAGGAGAACUGUAAAUACCACCCUGGUACUGCUGUAUUCCACGAAGGAAUGAAAUAUUGGUCCUGCUGUGAAAUUAAGACAUCAGAUUUCUCGUCUUUCCUCAACCAACCAGGAUGCAAAAUUGGCAAACAUUUGUGGAAGAAGAAAACGGUUGAUGGCAAGACCUGCCGUUUCGACUGGCACCAGACUGGCUCCACUGUUACACUGACCAUUUAUGCCAAGUUAGUUGUACCGAAAGAAUCUUAUGUUGAAGUCAAUCAAGUGACGUGUGACAUCUACCUCAAGUACGAUGCCGGAAAGUUUGCAUUUGAGAAGAAGCUAGUCUUGUGUGGUAUCAUUGACCCACUGCAAAGUGCAGUGGAGAUGUCUGAGAAAAAAGUUGAGAUCAAACUGCACAAAGCUGAUUCUUCCGGCUGGGAAAACCUUGAACUGAAAGCCAAAUCUUAAAAGCCUACCAAAUGCCCACCAGGUGGCCUCAUCCAUCCAUGCUGUUUGUAUGUUGACCAUUUCAUCUUCAGCAUCCACCUCAAUCACACCUACCUCUUCUUUUGCUCUUAAACAGCUAAAAACCACCGAGUGAAAAAUAUGCAAACUUUCCACCCUUUCACAACCACCGAUUUAAUUUCUUGUGUCCCCUUUGUCCCCAAAGCAGACUUUCUUUAACUGUGGACCUUUCCAGUUAAACGGUUUCCAUGGAAAUCCUCUGCAUGCUUAGUAAUGGACAUUUUACGAAUGUCUUUUUUUACUUUUUUUUUUCACCUCCCCCCAUUUGAAAUCUUUCCUAUAAAAAAAAAAAAUUAAAAAAUUGUUGAUUUCUAACUGAAGAAACAAAACUCCAUCAUUUUAAUUUCAGGCAACAAAUAAAGUAUUUCAUGUGAAAAAAUCUUGCAUAUUUUUUGCUUCGUGGCCAAACAGAAUCAAUUUACAUUCACGUGCCCCUUAUUGUUAGCUGGUCUUUUUUUUUUUUGUUAUGUCAUGGUACUACUUACUGUAUCAACCUGGCUACUGGAUGUUACACAUCACUGGUCACAGUGCACUUUGUUGCUUUAGGACGAUACCACUCUACUGGCGAGGCAGGCGUGCCGACAUUUGGCAUGAACGAAAUGCCAGUCUGUCACAGGUUUACCCAUUUUGCAGCUGAGUUAACUGAAGUGA